AUGAACAUCAAGCCAGAACCUCUUAGCCUCGUUGAUUCUUCUCUCCUAGAGAAAAUCGAUGCGCUCUUUGCAUGUAACCUCGGCCACGACGUUGACCUCCCACAGCUCAUCGUGGUCGGUCAGCAAUCCAGCGGCAAGAGUUCGGUCCUGGAGGGCCUCACCGGCCUCCCUUUCCCAAGGGACAGCAGCCUCUGCACCCGGUUUGCCACUCAGAUCAUCUUCAGGCGUGCCCCGAGGAAGAGCAUCUCGGCACGCAUCAUACCAUCCAAAGAUAGUAGCUCUGAGCAUCAGGAGAAGAUGAAGGACUGGCGGAGAGACGAGUUGGCAGAGCUUGAUGCAGACUCGUUCGCCGGGAUUAUGCGCGAGGUUAUUGACUUGAUGGGUGUUGGUCCAAAUCAGGAGCCAGGAUCGCCUGCUUUCUCCAAAGAUGUCCUGGUCCUGGAGAUUGCGGAUCCUACCCAGGAGCACUUCAGCGUCAUCGACGUCCCAGGUACCUUCAAGAGAACCACACAAGGCCUGACCACCAAGGAUGAUAUCGCUCUUGUCGAUAACAUGGUCAAGGGAUACAUGACCAACCCUCGGUCCGUGAUGCUCACGGUCGUGCCCUGCAACGCCGACAUUGCCACUCAAGAGGUCGUCGAACAGGCUGAGGAUCUCGACCCCGCCGGAGACAGAACUCUUGGCGUGUUGACCAAGCCCGAUCUUGUUGAUAAGGGUGCCGAAAACGAUAUCAUUGAACUGCUUGAGGGUAAGCGGCAUAGGCUGAAGCUCGGCUGGCACUUGUUGCGCAAUCCGGGUCAGGCAGAACUGGCCAAAAGCCAGAGUAAAUCGCGAAACGAACUUGAAGGGGCGUUCUUCAGGAAUGUCGCUCCGUGGAAUAACCUUGAUGGCGAACUUGUUGGCGUCAAAUCGCUCAGAGAUCGGCUUCAAGGAAUAUUAGCCUCCCACAUUCGAAGGGAAUUCCCAAAGGUCAAGUCCGAUAUCCAAAGCAAGCUGAGGGCGGCUGAGAAGAAACUCAAAGGCCUCGGGCCCGCAAGGCAAGGUCCGAUACAGCAGAGACAAUACCUGAUGAGGGUCGCCGGGGAGUUUCAGGAGAUCGCCUCAUCUGCCAUUGGCGCUCAGUAUUCUUCGUCUCCUGAUUUCUUUGAUGAAAACGGCAAUCAUCGGGUGUCUACGAGAGCAAGGCAGAGAGCCGAGGAAUUCUCCAAGCUGAUGACUGAAUCAGGCCACAGAUUUGAUUUUGCAAGAACUGAUGAUGAAACAGAUGAGUCUAACGAGGGCCUGUUGAAGGAGGAGCGGGCCAUGACCACCCGGACUGUUGUUGAAAGUGACGAUAUCGAAGACAUCGUUUCCGUGGAUGACGACGUCGAAGAUCCCUAUCGCGAGGGCAUUCUUGACUGGCUGACGGAGCUAUACAAGAGCUCCAUUGGGUUUGAGCUUGGAAUUUUCAGCUCAAGCCUUCUACGCACAACAAUGCAGAAGCAGUCCCAGAAGUGGAGGCAUAUCGCAAAAGGAUAUAUCAGCGAUAUCAUCGCGAUUGCUCACUAUUUCGUGUCAUCAUUGCUCCAGCACAUCAUCCCAGACUCACGCGUCCUCGAGGGAUUGAGCUCUCGACUGUCGGACCACCUCAGGGGAAAAUACCUCGAGGCUUUGGAGAAGACGGAUUCUCUUUUGCGAGUUGAGCUUGAGGGUACACCGGCGACACAUAAUUCCGUCUUUGCAGGGACACUUGACCAAUGCCGACAACAACGUCAGAAGACACGGCUGAAGGACAAAACGAUUAUGAUCACGGGGUACGGAGACAUGGUCCGUCUGGAUGAUGUGGUUUCCCAACACCCACUUCAGAACGGGGAGCAGAUGAUCCAAGAGAUCCACGACAUUCUCAAGUCGUACUACCUACUCUCUCGUAAGAGGUUCAUUGACAAUGUUCGUAUGCAGGUGGCGGACGACCUUCUGGUUACGGGACCAAAUACACCUCUAAAGAUCUUCUCGUCAGAAUUCGUCUCGGAGAUGACGGAUGAGGAACUUGAUGAUGUGGCGGGCGAGGACCCAAAUGUGAGGCGUAACAGAGACGCCGUCCAGGAAAAGAUCAAUUUGCUUAGGAAAGCACUGAAGAUUCUUCGUUGA